UGUCUUUCGCCACCAGUGGAAAAGCAUCUCUGGCCUUGAUUAAAAAAAGCAAAGGCUACUAAGUUGUAAACAUAACGUCAUCUGCGUGUUGAAGGCGUUACUUUGUAAAGAGACAGCGGACUACCUUACUCGUUCUGGACAUUUGGAGAGAUUUACAUGUAUGAUUAUUAUGCAAUAUGUAAAAGAUUACAUUCUGUAAUUCAUAGCGAAAUUAAACGGACUCAAUAUAUACUCAAAUCUAUACAAUAGGUACGAGAUUAUAAAAACAAAAGAGACUGUAAGUCCUAAAAGUAGUAAUAAAAAUUGAUCUGAAAAUUAAAGUUUAUAUGUAGAAAUCGAGUUGAAUCAAUUUCGAUACCUUUCGACGAAAUCGAGGCUUUGAUACACAUUCGUGGUAAGAGAAACAAUUAUGUCCUCUUCGAAGAUGACAUCAAAUCAGCAGACGUCUUCAAACCAUUCUACUUUAGUUGCGCAACAAGCCACACCUGAGCACCAGACCCAAUCUGAGAACGAGCUUUCACAUGAAGAGCAGACGACACCAAAUGGAGAGACGCUUUCAGAGCAGCAGACGUCAUCUGAGCAGCACGCGAGAUCAGAGCAGCACGCGUCAUCUGAGCAGCACGCGAGAUCUGAGCAGCACGCGUCAUCUGAGCAGCACGCGACAUUUGAGCAGCACGUGACAUUUGUAAAGCAGUCAUCUGUGCAGCAGACGAUAUCCGAGCAACACAUCACAUCUGAACAGCAGACAUCAUGUGUGCAGCAGACUUCAUCUGAGCAACAGACAACAACACUUUCCUCAAACACAACAUAUAGUUUUGAACCUAUGAUGACAGUUAUUAACAAAAUAGCCGACGGACAACGAGUUCCGCCACAGACUACUAUGAAAUAUGAAAUGUUAAGGUUUUGCACCCUUCGAUCUUUCCCAAAAGGGAACAAACCUUAUAUUACCAGAUUGGCUGGUGCAGGAUUUUAUUACGCAAACGAAGGAGAUGAAGUCGUCUGCUAUUGUUGCGCGCGACGUAGGAGAAAUUGGACAGAAUUCGAAAAUCCUAUGGAAGUACAUAGAGAAUUAAAUCCAAACUGCAGCUUCCUCAUUCGUAAUUCUGAAGUUAAUGUCUCAGUAAGACGACAAAGUAUUGAAAAAUCUACAGGAGAAUCUCACUCAAACCUGACAACAAUUAAUAGAGGCCAGUCUAACGCCAAUUUUCAUAAUGAAUUAACGGAAGUGAAAGUGUCGUCUGCAUUUGAGACUGGAUCACAAAUUCAAACGAAUCAAAACUCUGAACACUCAUCUUUUGCAAGCAAUGUGAUUUCAUCAAGAGAAAGGAACCAGUCUGUUUCACUACUUCCUGUUGAUGUACCGCAAACUUCUUCAGAGAACCAAUCUUCAAAUAACUCAACAGGAUUACGUCAUUGGUCGGAGGAAGAUGAUCAAUGGAUAGAACAUAGUAGAUGGUCAAAUGAAUGUUCAUACGUACGACAGAUUAGAGGAAGAGAGUUCGUGAAUAUCGUGCAGAUGGCUGUGCACAAACCGGAAAUGAAUCAAUUUCAACACAAGGAACUGAAGGCAUGGAUAGGAAGCGUAUCUUCGUCUGUGGCCCCAAAACACCCCAAUUAUAUCAGCCAAUCAUCACGGCUGUCGAGCUACAGCGAUUGUGGGGACAUCGUCAUUCCACCAGACCGCCUGGCACAGGCCGGCUUCUUCUACGCCGGUUUUGGGGAUUGUGUCCGAUGUUUCCAAUGUGGAUUUGGAUUACGUCAUUGGUCGGAGGAAGAUGAUCCAUGGAUAGAACAUAGCAGAUGGUCAAAUGAAUGUUCAUACGUACGGCAAAUUAGAGGAAGAGAGUUCGUGAAUAUCGUACAAAUGGCAGUAGAAUAUUCUCAAAACGUAUUUAUGUUUAAUUUAUAUUUUUAAUACUUUUCAUACCAUCUAAAAAUACAUGAAAAUAUGUUCAAGAUGUAUGAAUAUAAGUAGUGUAAAAGUGAUAAUUUCGCGGCCAUCUUGCGCCGACGGCGCCGUCGGCGCAAUUAGACGGACGUUAGGAACGUGAGACGAUGGCUCAAGCUUCCAAGAUGGCGGCUUCCAUACUGGACAGUAAAAAUACCCCUGAAGUGUAACAAAAGCGCACCAAGAUAAGUUGAAACUGUAGAAAUGCGCUCAUUUCUCCUACGAAACUAGCUUGAAUAUAGUCAUAGAUAAAGUUUGAAAAAAACAAAUGGAAAAACAAAAGGGAUUUACUUUCUUUUUUGUUUUUAUUAACUUAAAGAUUUUUAAUAAAAGUAAAAAAUCAUAACCAUUACAUUUUUUUUGUGUGUGUUAAAGAAAGUUUUGGAGUCAUGAAAUUGUCAGGUUACUAUCUAUGCACCUGGUGCAUCUAAUGAUGACUUUGAAGGGGAUGAUGAGAUGUUCUACGCGAUUCCAGUAAGUCUUCUUAUAAAAAUAAAACUUUUUUUUUAUAAUUAAUGAUAAUAAUUUAAUAUAAUUAAAAAUAAGAAUGAAUAUAUUUUUAACUAUUUAUUUUCUAAAUCACAAAAAGACAUUUCACAUACAUAUACAUAUAUGAUAGAAAAAAAAACAUUGAUAAAUACACAUCAAUAUUAAUAAUGAUAUAUAUAUUAUAUAAGAAAGAAUGGAAUUUGAAAUUUUGUGUGCUGUGACUGUAAUAGCUGAUAGAAUAAAUAC